UGAAAUGGAAGCAACAAAGAAUAUUUUAGUGGCCUUAAAUUGGUGUCUCAUCCGGUGUUAGAGUUACUCGCAGCAAAACAUUACAGCAACCGAAAUGAGUUCAACACUAGAGCACUUUAGCCAUGAUCACCCACUAGUACUAAAAGAGUCUGAUGUUUUUGAAGAUGAUCCUAAAUGCUGUAUUUGCAACAAUACAGUUACAGGCUCUCCCACAUACACUUGUAGUAAUAGUGCUAGUAACAAUACCGAGUGUCCAACUUUUUACCUCCACAAGAGUUGUGCGGAAUUACCCUCUCAAAUUAAUUUCUACAAGCACAACCAACACCCCCUCCAUCUUCUACCUCGCCCUAAUAAAUUCACUUGUGAUGUUUGUGAUCGGUAUGUGAAGUUCUCUUACGCAUGCGAUGAUUGUCAAUUCGAUGUGUGUGUGGUUUGCGCUUUUCAACAGAGAGUGCUUCAACAUGAAGGUCACCCUGAGCACAUACUAACACUAAUGCCAAGGAAAUCCUUGUUUAAGUGUGAUGCUUGUCAUGAAAAAGUUGAAGAUUCUUCCUAUGUAUGCACCACCUGUGCCUUGUGCAUCCACAAGGCAUGCGCUCUUUCUCCCUUCACUAUCCCCGCUCCUGCUUUUCACCAUCAUCCCCUCCAUCUUAUUUACUCUGUUCCUCAAAUGCAUCGUUAUUUUGAUCGAUUCUGCAACAUCUGUCAGCGACGAGUUCAUACAAACUUCUGGCUGUAUUAUUGUCAUAAAUGCACAUAUUUUGUGCAUAUGAGAUGUGCAACAUCUUCACAUACAUCGUCUUCUGUAAAUGAGACUGAAGAAGAGGGCAGUCUCAAUGAACCUGAUUUGGUGGAGUUUCCACUGCAUAGUGAGGAAUCGCUAUUUGAUCUAAUAAUAUCCCAGUGUCGCAAACUCCAAGUCGAAUCUCAAGGUAUAGAUAAAAACAGUAUUGGUAUAAUAACAGCUCCUGAUCCUCCCAUAAUUGAACACCACUGGAGUCAUGAGGAGCAUCCACUAGUACUCUUCCAGUUCACUACUAGUGAGACUGAAGAUAACGAAAAUAAUUAUGAUAGAAGAGAGUUGAUAUGCGAUGGUUGCAUUCAACCCAUAACUGUAUUCCAUCCGUCUUACUAUGCUUGCACCCAAUGUGGUUUCUUUCUUCACUCGUUUUGUGCCACUAAGUUGCCAGCAGUAUUAGUAGCAGGAUUAUGUCCUCCUCAUCCCCAGCAUUCGCUUCAGCUUCACCAGAAAUUCAACUUCUAUACUUUUGCAACGUGUGAAAUUUGCUGUUACAGAACAAAUGGGUUCUAUUAUCUUUGUAAGACGUGUGAUACUAGAAUUGAUAUACGUUGUGCAUUCUUACCCACCAAGAUAAAGCAUAAAUCACACAGGCACCAUUCCCUUGUUCAACGUCUAUCCUCCAAUUUUGAGUGCAGUGUGAGUGGUUGUUAUAUUACAAGUGGUGUGCAAUAUGGAUGUGAAACUUGCAGUGACUUUCAUAUUGUGAUAAAUAGUGCAUUUUAUCCUGGUAGCAUGAAACACAGAUACGAUGAUCACCCUGUCACCUUGAGACGACCUCCAUUCUUCUACGAGGGAGUAUUCUAUUGUGAAAUAUGUGAAGACCGUGUUAAUAAUCAAUGGUGGCUCUAUCACUGUGAUGAAUGUGAUCAUUCUUUUCACAAUGGUUGCCUUCUUUCGGGUGGAAGUGUCAAGCUAGGAGGGACUGUUGAAGUUGAUUUUAACGACCAAUCACACACACUUGCCUUGGUCUUGAAGAGGCGUACAAGAAAGACCCAACCGCAGUACUACUGUAGAUAUUGCGGGAAUGGCUACAUCUGGAAUUACUUUUUGGAAUGUGAUGGGUGUGGAUAUCUUAUAUGUUGUCCCUGUGUUCGUAAAAUCAAGGCGAGUAACAAGUCCAUACACUUUUGAUGGUGGAGUGAGUUUUCCAGGCAAUUUGGAAGAGCAAAAAGACUACAAGAAUUUUAUUUGUUAUGUUUUUGUUUUAAAAGUUGUUUUCUAAGAAUAAAAUUAAUUUACUUUUAUUGGAUUUUGUUCGUUUCAUGUAAGAUGUGAUUUGGGUUUUUGCGGCUAAAGCAAUAAUCUGUUGGUGUUACUAAAUCAA